UUAAUAUCGAAUUGUUUCCUCGCAAAGAAAUGAAAAGAUGUCUUUUGGAUCUUGAAUCGCCUGUUUUUGCCAGGCUGUUUUCAAUUAGAUACGUGCUCUAGAUUUUCCAUGGGGUGCUUCAAAGAUCGUUAUCAAUGAAACAGAGAUGAGCUCGGGAGGUAAUUCUUCGACUCGCCUACGAAAUGGCCACUACACCUUGAAGAGUAGUGGUACGUUUGUAGACUUUUAGCUUAAGUUCAGGCGAUCUUUAUAACUGUUUGAUUUAAGGAAAGUUGUGUCUUUCAAAAUCAAGUUAAAAGUAUCUUUAUAAACCAAAAGGUGUGAAUUAAAUAUGUUGCAGGGUCAUUUUAGUAGAAUAAUUUGUAAACAAACCAGGAAAAGUUAGCAUUAAUGUACUCGCUUUGUGGUGCAAGCUAGUUAAAGCUGCAGAUUACAUCUCUCUUGCUUGAGCCUUUUAAAAACUAUUAUGUGCAGAUCAUAGACUGAAUAUUAUGCUACAGUAGCUUAAUGCAUUAUAAUUGUGCUUGUGUUUUGAAGCUGAUGAUGGUUUCAUGACGUAGUGAUAACAAAUUGACUGCUGUAAAUUCUUGUGUAUUAUGAAGUAGAGUACAUGGUGGGCUAAACUUAGCAAUGAUAGUAUGCAUGCACAGAAACUAUCCACUGACGGAUAAUCACAUAAUAAUCACUUAGAACCUUCCACCUGCAAUCCAGUAUGGGACCAUCUUGAAUCAAGCUGGCUAAGCUUUGGAUUAAUCCCAUUUUUAGGGUGUCUUUCACUCGUUUACUCCCAAGAUUUAUAGAUCAAUCUUUCUUUUGCUGUACAUUGCUUGUGAUUUGCAAUCAGAGAAUUUGGUAUUAAACUAUAGAAUUUCCUCUUAUAGAUAUUUUUCUUACGUACCCUCUCGCUUACUAAUAAGCACUGCCUGACAAUGACCAAUAUGAAUUGUUUAGGAGAAAUUCAGUUUUGGUAACUCCUGGCAUUGAAAGGGUUCUGAUAAUUAUGGCAUUGGUGGAAGGGUCACUAUGUAAGUUUCUUGAAAUAACAGUAAGAUGAUAGUUUUAUCAUCCCAUGUUAACUGUUUGGUUUUAUUUUGUAGCCCUUGCACCUACAGCCAUGUCAUACAUGGGGCAGGAUUUCAUUGCAAACCACAUGAAAUCUCAUUACAGGCGAAUCCUGUCUGCCAAAGGUGACCUUUAAUUUCCUGUUUUGAACCUUCAACAAUUUCUGAAUUGUUUUUUAAUUUGUAAUGAGACUAAUCAAUAUACUUAAAAUUAAGACUUAACAAUUUCUUAGUCUCACAAAGGUUGGAUGCUAAUGGCUAAGCUAGCAUAAAAUAUACAGCUGCUUUCAUUGAGAGAGAUGACUUCUGGUAGAGAUGAGAAAGGAUGCAGACUCUAAGUGUUGUGUGAUUUUUUUUUAAAUCAUUGGUAGAUUUAUUAUAAAAUUACCUUCUUAAACAUUUGUUGUAUGUUCCGAUUUCUACUUUUGUUAUAGCGGCUGUUGAUACAUCUCCUCCAAAAUCUAUGAAAGCGCAUAUGAAAGGUAGGCUAAGUGUUAGAUUAGUAAGCUGAUUAUUGCUUUGAUCUUAAAAAUGAUAUUGUUACAAGUAAAUAGUGCACUCUGACUGACCGGCACAGUAAUUAAAGUGUCCAGAUAAAUGUUCCUUGUCACCUUUUGUAUUUUAUAAUGUAGUGUGUAAUAGCUUUUUAUUCUGUAACCUUUUGUAAUUUUAAGCUCGUGACCAAAAAAAGCAGGCUGCUUUGGAAAGUAGAUCUGGAACUCCAUCAUCUCUUAGAGCAAAGGUGAGGCAUACCUAUUUACACUUAACUCUGAAUCCUCUGGUUUUCCACCCUCCACAAAAAACCAACAUUCCUGAUUCCAAUUUGACCUGUAAACAGUGGACGAGAAGAACAACCUGGUGGAAUGUUCAUUGCUAAAUUCCCAUUAUUUAUUUAUUCAUUCUAGACCCCUUCUUUGGAAUUCUUAUCUUCAUCACACAAGGAGUCAUACCCCUUAAAUUCAACAAAAAACAGGCCGUCUCCAGGGCAUAGGCAAACCACAGGGACUCCACUUCAAAGAAGUUUGUCUUUGCACUCCCUUGGUCAAGAUUGUACUCCUGCAGUGUCUUCUUCUUCUCCAAGAGAUACAGCAUUAGAACGUCAAAUGUCUACACCAGUGCUUGAUAAAAUACAAUCCAAACCACCGGUGUCACCCAUACAAAGACAUAGAAGACAAAAAACUGAACUGAAAGGCCAUUUUCAUACAGAGAAUCAGAGAACUAAUUUUCAACAUGUUGACCAAUCUGAUCAAAGUUUAUCAAACAAUUUGGAUGGAAAUUUUGACACAUUGUUGAGUAGUUAUGAAAAUCAGUCAUAUGAUCUCAAGAAUCCAGGGAUGAUGUUGAAUAGAACUGGAGAGAAGAACCUAGCAAGAACUCUUGAUAAAAAUAGAACGUUUCUUGAUGGCUUUAAACGCAGUGACAGAACAACCAGACAUAAGGAUGUUCCACACCUUGACCUCUCAAAUGUACAAUAUAGUUACAGAGAUCCUCCAUCAAUUAGAACAGUUCCAGAGUCCCCUGAUUUCAAGGCAAACAUGUGGUGAGUAAUGAUUCAGGGAUAUUAAAGCAGUGGAUAAAAAUUAGACACUAAUGAUUUCUUACUGACUUGCAUUGUUAAAUUCUCAUUGCAAAGUUCUGUAUCAUUGUUUGUACUCCAAGGAAUUAAACUGACAUGAGAUUUGCGUUAGAACCAGGCAAACACAGCCUGGCAUAUAAUUAAUUUACUCUAAAUGGUGCUUUUGAUGUUGCUCAGACUAUGCAGAGCACUUCUCAUGAAGGAAUGUAGUAAAACCAUAAUUGGCCUGGCUCACCACCGAGUUUCUAAGUAAAGCUUGGUGUUACAAAGCACACAACCAGCAGGUCUGAUGUUCUAGUCCUUACUGAAGGGCUCCUACUGUAUUUUUCUCUGUCUUACACUAAUGACAAAACAAAUGACAUUUUUUGUUGUACAGCUCAUGUAAAUACUUAUGUGUACAUGCACUGAAAUGCUAAUACCAAUUACUCAGCUACCUGUGCUUUUGAAAUCAGCAAAUGUUUACUGACUUAAAAUUUAUGAACUUUUGCCUUCAGUGUUGGAGAAGAUUUUAAAGAGGCCUUUUUUUCAUUUACACUAAAGUAAGCUGUAGUUUAAUACUCCAAAGUGUAAAGUUACUAAAUAAAUAGAUAAUUUUAAAAAUCUGAUUUACAUGGUACCAUUUAUCGGAAACUUAAAAGGUAAGCAACAAUUAAGUUAGGUAUUGUAUUUUCUAAUACAUAUUUAUGUUUAUCCUAUUAACCAGGGAAGAGGAACAACAGUAUCUCAAAUUCAUUUCUGAUGUUACCACUGACAUCCUAGCCAGAGGCAUUUUUAGCAAUAGGUACUGUUCAGUUGUCUAUAAAAUCCUGUUCAGAAUAAAAGCAAACUUAAUACACUUCACAAACCAUUUUUUGGUUGUGUUGUAUACCUGUAUACAGUAGUAAAACUCCUCAGUGCGAUAAAAUACUCUGUGCAAAGAACUCUCUUAGUGACAUGCUGUAAACUUGGGAUUUGAAUAAUUUCAGUUUAAACAGUUUUGUGCAUCUUUUGUGUUUGUUUGUUUACACAAUAUUAAUAGCUUAUUUAUUCAUUUUUGUACAUCACUCUUGUACUUGUUGUAUAUUUAGGAAUCAGGUUAUUAAAACCUUUGGUCUUCAAUCGUAGAAUGUUGUCUCUCCUUUAUAUGAGGUUGUACAUGUAUUGAGCAGGGUCUUGUAAAGUCUCCUUUUGCAGCUACUGUUUGGUCACGUCAUGUAACACAAUCUCUACUGACUCUUCUCCAUUAAGGGAAAGAUGUCUUUGUGACAAGACCAACCAGCAACUGAGUAGAAAACUAGAUCUAAUAUAUGCUCUACUAUAAUUUAUUAAAGUACAUUAAUCUGUAUUUUCUUGUACCAGGAAUAUAUGUUGGACAACUUGACCUCACAAUCCAAGUUUUAAAUAAAAAGUUUACCAGGUUGAACUUAUAAUUAAUUUGUGCCCAUGCAUUUGUGUUAUUCUUUGUAAGCAGGCACAGUGCAUUAAGUUUUCUGCCUGUAGACUGCAUGGGGCUCAGCUAGAACACUUCUUCACAAGAGCUCUUUAUCAUACAUCCCCCAAUGAAAUUUUUAAAGUUUGUGUAAAAGGAGUGUUUGACUGUAUCUUUUUUUCAUAUUAAUUUGAUUUAAUCUUUGCUCUAUACUUAGGGUUCUAAAGCAAGUUUUUGAAAUGCACAUUGAAAGAAGGAAGGAUAAAUUGGAUGAAGUAAGAACACAUCAAUAUUUUCAGCUUUAACACUAUUGAUUACAAACAUAUAUGUACACCAUACAUUUGUACAGUGUGGGUCAGUUUGUGUAAUUGAGUUAUACUGUCAAUCAUAAAAGAAUAUUUCAUAAAAAAACAAAGUAGGUGUAUGUCAGAGAGAAUGGAGAACACAUAUGACCAAUUAUUCUCUAUUAAUAAUAAUUAAUAUAAUUGUUAAUUAUUCUUUAUAGAGUUACAACUUUGUGUCUGGUUUUAAUUGAAAGGAUGGUUGGAUGAAAUUUCUUGACCAAUCAAAGAUUGUACAUGUUGUGAUAUGCUAAAACCAACAGAAUACACUCAUUACCUCUGACCCUCAAUUGGAAAUUGCUCUUUGCAGUAAUUCUACCCUGGAUAUCUACAUCCAUGAAAUUUUUGGGGAUUCCAAGAAUAUUUUUCAUAUUAUUAAUUUAUUUUGUUUUUUUCAGAGUCGUCUGCAGGAAAUGAUAGAACAGCUUAAGGAAGAUUUGGGAAUUACAGACAGCUAACAUGAAACCUUUCAAUUUUGAGAUCUGAUUAAUUGUCCUUUCUAGCUGCGAUACUUUUUCUUGUAAAUCAAUAAAAAAAUUUGUUGAUAUAUCAGGGAAAUAUAUUCCAGCUAGUGAGUUAAGGUUUUUUCUCACCAACUGUUCACAAGAUGGUGUAUUGAUAAUCAAAAGGAG